AUGAGCGAAAUCUUCAAGAAGGAGACCUCGUCGUCUUCAAGGAAGAUGGUCUCCCUCCUCUCAAAUGAAGCUCUUAACAUGGGCUCUGACAACGUCUGCAGGGUGGCCGACUUCACGACGUUCCGAGGAAUUGAACGACGAGCCGUAAACAAGGUCUGCCUACUACCACUUGAAAAUGACAUCUUCACAGAAGAGGAGAACAAGGAUCUUGAAAGUUGA